AUGGAUAAAAGCCCGUCGGCGCGGGUCAUCGACCAGGCUCAGGAUUUAUAUCAGCUCAUGGUCUCGUUCAGCAAGACUCUUCUCGCCCACUCUGAUCAUGACCUUGACCAUGUUCGCCUCCGGAUGGAUGCCAACCUCCUCAAACUGUCGACUUGGAAGCAAAGUUGGUCCCUGGAUUCGACUGCGCUGAGCGAAGCCGACCACGAGAACUCACUCUGGGGCAAGGACGGGUUCCGAUCGGUGGCAGAGCGCCUGGAGCUUAUCGGGGCUGAGUGUCAGGAGAUACAGGGAAUAUUGCGCGCCUACGGUCAAGCGAGUGUCAAAGGUUCAAACAAAGCCCUCCAUCGUUGGAAGUCGUUGAUGCGAAGAGAGCGCAAACUUCGACCUGUUGACCUGAGAGACCUACAGGAGAGAACCGACAGCUUGAGCCGGUCUCUCGACCAUCUCAGCGUCUUGUCCGACCUGCAUUUCCAAGCCCACCACAAGAUUGCGCCUUCUCUGAUAUCGGCCAAGAGCGAGGAUGCAUUACUGCGGGAGAUUGUGAGGAGCAAAGGCGAGUCGACGCGACUUUAUACCGCAUGCACGAGACGCAACCUGGACCUCAAUCUCGAAAUCGAUCUGUUUUGCCACGAGUGGACACAACUGUCCUCACGGCAGAGGUACAGGGAGCGCAGCCGGGGCUAUCACUUCUACUUCAAGACGGGUGACACGCAAGAGAUGCAGGAAUUGGUUAUUGGCCCGCUCAAGGAUGAGGCGACCGCAAGAGCUAUCGGGGGCGAACAAUCACCGCUUUAUUCUGAAAGUGACCUUCUGCAGGCUCUCAAAGCAGCCAAACCCACAGCAGGCACUGGGUCUGUCUUCCAGCUGGCUGACUCUGGCUCCGCGGCGACUUUCUACUAUCGAAUCGAGCGGGUCAAGCGACCUCUCAUGGUUGAAGGCGGGCCACUGCCCUUUGCAAAUCUCUCGGAUCUCGGUAAGGGUGAUCACAAGAUUGCCAUCCGUCUGAACCUGCGAGAAAAGCUCGGGCUGGCGUACAAGGUCGCGGAGUUUGGCAUGUUCCAUCUGGGAACCCCCUGGUUAUCACACCUCAGCAGUCAAAAUAUCAAGAGCAUCCCUUCGAGUACAUCCGGGCAGCGUUAUGUCGUCCUCAUUCAGCAACAAGGCCCUGGCUCGCCGUCUGGUGACGUUCUGAAAACUUCAGUGCGUCCCCAGCUAUUUCAACUUGGGAUCUUGUUGUUUGAAAUCGCACUCGGAGACCGCCUCUACGCCAGCGAUCUCAAGUCUCCUGAGCAACGUGCGGAAAGAUUCGUCCUCGUGGCGCGCAUAAUGGGGAAUGAAUACCGGAAAGCAUGCGAAUUCUUGUUGAGCCGAGGCGAGGACGUCGGUGCCCAGACACGAUUCCAGCAUCGCCAGUCUGCGGACAAGGUCGCCAUCGUUGCGACAGGAGAAAAACAGGGAGAAGACGCUGGAGAGCGACGAGAUAGCCACGGCUCGAACGAGGCACCCAUUGAUCCGUCACAAGUCGAGCAGGAUCCAUCAUCAAAUCCCGAAGACACUCCCCUAGAGGGCACGGUAGAGUUCUAA